AACGCUACUCGUGGUUGUUGACUGAAGAAAAGUUAACUAUGGGUACGUGGUAGAUAACGCAUCCAACGGGUUUUGUUUUCUGAGCCAGGUAUCUUCAAAAACAACUUCUUCAGAGGCGGCCUGGUAACGUGUCGGACGAUCCGGCGAUGGCUCCCCGAUGGCCGGACAGGGCAAACAGAAGCGGCGACUUUCGGAGCCCGUCCGCCGCGGUGCUGCCGUCCUUGCUGACGUUCCUGGUGAUCGUCGCAUCUGGAGGCCUGCUGCUCAUGAUCGAGAAAGGAAUGCUCAGCGGCGUGGAGACUCCUCCACCCCGGGGAAGUAAGAAUGUCGAUGUCGGCCGGCACAUGAGCCAACAGGAACGAGCGGCGGAGGACGUGGAGUCGCAGAUCCUGCAGGACAUCCGAAACCGGACCAUGACGUCCAUGUGCAGCCAGAAGAACAUGCCGCACAGCCUGUGGUCGCUGACGCCUCAGCAGAGAAAGACGCUGCUGCAGCAUGUGCUGGUCAACGACGAGUACCGCUUCCUGUACUGCUAUGUGCCCAAGGUGGCCUGCUCCAACUGGAAGCGCGUGCUGAAGGUGUUGGGCGGCACGCUGGAGAACGUGGACGUCAAAAUCAAGAUGGAUCACCGCAACGACCUGACUUUUCUGUCCUCGUUCAAGCCGGAGGGGAUCCGCUACCGGCUGCAGCACUACUUCAAGUUCAUGUUCGUACGCGAGCCCAUGGAGCGUCUGCUCUCCGCCUACAGGAACAAGUUGGGCGAGAUCGAGUCGUUCCAGCGCAAGUACGGCGUGGAGAUCGUCAAACGCUACCGCAAGAGCCCCAGCGGUAAGAGCUCGCAAAGCGCAGGUGACGACGUCACCUUCGCCGAGUUCGUUCGCUACCUUCUGGACGAGGACGUCGAGCGCAUGAACGACCACUGGAUGCCCAUGUACAACCUGUGCCAGCCGUGCGCGCUGCACUACGACUUCAUCGGCUCCUACGAGCACUUGACGCGGGACGCCGACUAUGUGCUGCGGAGAGUCGGGGCGCCGCCGCACGUCAGUUUCCCGGCGAGGCAGUCGUGGUACAAACCCGUCACGGCGGACACGCUGCACUACUACCUAUGCAGCCUGCCGCAGAAGCUCCUCAGGGAGCUCCUGCCCAAGUACAUUUUAGACUUCUCCAUCUUCGCGUAUCAGUUCCCAAACACGAGCACUGAGCACUGCCGGCAUUGAAAAAUGCUCAUUUGUACCAAGGCCCAUACAUGACAAGGGGAGAAAAUAAAAUGGCGGCCAUUGUGGCAUCGAUUCUUAUUGUAGCCAAAAUGACACGUUUUCUUCCACAUGUCACGUCGGGUCUUCCGUAAAUUUGUACUGUUCUCUAUUUUUCUACUUUUCUAUAAAGACUCUUCACAUUUUCA